AUGGUCCGUGAUAUCCAGAACAAUGUGCUCUUUGAAGUAGCGACCGAGGUGUGUAACAAAGUAGGCGGCAUCUACUCCGUCUUGAAAUCGAAGGCGCCCGUCACAGUGGCCCAGUACAAGGACAGGUACCAUGCAGUGGGUCUUUUGAACAAAGAGACGUACCAGAAUGAAGUGGAUUUACUGGACUGGGAGGCCGACGACACUUUCCCAAAGGAAUUGAGGCCCGUUCAGCAGACGCUGAGGUCCAUGCGUUCCCGUGGCGUUAACUUUGUGUACGGGAGAUGGCUUGUCGAGGGGGCCCCAAGGGUGAUACUGUUUGAUCUUGGGUCCGUCGUGCAGUUCCUGAACGAAUGGAAGAGCGACCUGUGGUCCCUCGUAGGGAUCCCAUCGCCAGAGAACGAUUUGGAGACAAACGAUGCUAUUCUGUUCGGGUACGUCGUUGCGUGGUUUCUAGGUGAAUUGGCGCAUGUUGACCAAACACACGCCAUCAUCGCACACUUCCAUGAAUGGCUCGCCGGUGUCGCUCUGCCCUUGUGUCGGAAGAGAAGAAUUGACGUCGUGACCAUCUUUACCACUCAUGCUACACUGCUUGGGAGGUACCUGUGUGCUUCCGGUGACAUUGACUUCUACAACAACCUUUCGAAUUUCGAUGUCGACCACGAGGCGGGCAAGAGGGGAAUUUACCACAGGUACUGUAUCGAGAGUGCUGCGGCAAAUUCCGCGGACGUGUUUACCACAGUGUCCCAGAUUACGGCGUUGGAGGCAGAGCAUCUGUUGAAAAGGAAACCAGACGGGAUCUUGCCCAACGGUAUCAACGUGGUAAAGUUCCAGGCAGUCCACGAGUUCCAGAACCUACACGCUGUUAAGAAGGAAAAGAUCAACGACUUUGUAAGGGGCCACUUCCACGGAGCCUUCGAUUUCGACCUGGAUAACACGCUGUACUUCUUCAUUGCGGGGAGAUACGAGUUCAAGAAUAAGGGGGCCGACAUAUUCAUCGAGGCACUGGCCAGAUUGAACUACAGACUGCAAGUGAUGGGGUCCAAGACCACCGUGGUCGCCUUUAUCAUUAUGCCGGCGAAGACCAAUUCGUUCACUGUGGAGGCUCUUAAGAGUCAAGCGGUUGUCAAAUCAUUGGAAAACACCGUUUCUGAAGUUACAAAAUCCAUUGGUCAGAGACUUUUCGACCACGCCAUGCGGUUCCCUCAUAACAACACCAACACGGAAUUACCGGUGGAUUUGGACGCAUUGCUUACUCAGUCGGAUAAGGUAUCCUUGAAGAGAAGGGUCUUGGGCCUGCGUAGGUCUUCCAACGAGCUGCCCGCGAUUGUCACCCACAACAUGGUGGAUGACGCUAACGAUAAAGUUCUGAAUAAGAUCAGACAAGUGGGGCUGUUCAACCACUCCUACGAUCCUGUCAAGAUUAUCUUCCACCCAGAGUUCUUGAACUCCAGUAACCCAAUUUUAAGUCUGGACUACGACGAGUUUGUUCGCGGUUGCCAUUUGGGUGUGUUCCCAUCCUACUACGAACCAUGGGGUUACACUCCAGCUGAAUGUACAGUGAUGGGUGUCCCAUCCAUCACCACCAAUCUGUCCGGAUUUGGUGCUUACAUGGAGGAUCUGAUCGAGGUGGACCAAGCAAAGGACUACGGGAUCUAUAUUGUGGACAGGAGAUUCAGAGCGCCAAACGACUCCAUUGAACAAUUGGUUGAUUUUAUGCUAGAGUUCUGCAAGAAGACGAGAAGACAGCGGAUCAACCAAAGAAACAGAACGGAGAGACUAUCCGACUUGCUCGACUGGAAGAGAAUGGGGCUAGAAUACGUCAAGGCUAGGCAACUGGCACUAAGAAGGGCUUAUCCAGAUUUAUUCAAAGAGCUCGUGGGCGAGGAACUGAACCCAACAAAUAUGGACAGCAUGGCAGGUGGGCAGAAGUUCAAAGUAACAAGACCACUGAGCGUCCCUGGGUCCCCCAGUGGAGCAACUGUCAACAGUACCGUGUAUAUGACACCGGGAGACCUUGGUACUUUACAGGACGCUAACAACAUCGACGACUACUUCAACUUGAACGUUGACGGUGCAGUGGAAGACGAUUUGGACAACGACGGCGAGUAA